GUGUGGUGGGAGUGUUUGUGUUGACAUCUGUCAUGUCCGUGGGUGCAGUUGUGGGUGAAAAUGGAUGCAGCGCAAUUUGAAAACAACGUUCUGGAGGUGAUAUUUUCGUAUCUGAAUCUGCACGAUUUGCGCAACUGUUCUCUAGUGUGCAAAAAAUGGUACCAAUACUUGAACGACGAGAAUAACGACGUUUGGCGGUUGCACUGCAUCCGGAGGUUGGCGGAAGAGGCCCUAAAAUCUGACCUACUCUCCUCUGUGCCCACAUACAAAGCCAAGUUGCGAGCGUUUCAUCACUCCUGGAACCCGAAUGACUGUAGCAGGAACGUUUACAUCAAGCCUAACGGCUUCACCCUUCACAGGAACCCGGUAGCACAGAGCACUGAUGCCUCAAGGGGGAAGAUUGGAUUUAGACAUGGCAGACAUGCCUGGGAGGUCAUAUGGGAAGGCCCAUUGGGAACCGUUGCAGUUAUUGGUAUAGCAACCAAGGAUGCAGCUCUGCAGUGUCAUGGUUAUGUGGCACUGCUUGGCUCAGAUGAGCAGAGCUGGGGCUGGAAUUUGGUGGACAAUCAUUUACUCCACAAUGGGGACACCCAAGGCAACUAUCCAUUAUUGAACAAUGCACCAAAAUACCAAGUUGGUGAACGUAUUAGGGUUAUAUUGGAUUGUGAUGACAACACACUGUCCUUUGAGAAGAACUAUGAGUUUCUAGGUAUUGCAUUCAGAGGACUUCCCGACAAGAAGCUGUAUCCAACAGUAUCAGCAGUAUAUGGCAACACAGAGGUAUCAAUGGUUUAUCUGGGGCCUCCACUAGAUGGCUAACAAAAGUGUACAAACACUGUGUGCAUCUCAGAACCUGCCUCAUGGAGACUAUAUUAUUAUGAAGAGAGUAAAUUAGAUGACGAUGGCUUUUCGUACACGAAUGUCAGGUUUGCCAUGUGAUAAUAAUAAUAUAUUUUAAUUCAACGACUGUAAUAGUGAAACAGAAUUGUGCGCGGGCGAUUGGAACCCUUUAAACAAUUUAGUGACUUCCGGGAAGAGUUUCAGAAUAUUUGUGUGGAGGAAUGAAAACCAAAGAUUUGUGAAAUACCGAGUGGCUUAACCUAUUUAACUUAUUUCUUUCCUAUUUAGUCUUUAAGUUACGAAACGGAUGAAUAGGCAAUUUGUAAUACUCUGAUAUUGCGCCAUCCUCAUUGACCGAAUUCAUUUUCCAAUUAUUUUUUAAGUAUAUGUUUGUAAUUUUCCAAAGUGUGUCCAAACCCGAGUCAUUUUGUACAUAGCGUUAGUUUUUCCUUGAAUUUAGCGAUAUUAUUAUUACUUUAAUGUUUUCCUUAUAGUAUUUUACAAUCAAACGUUUAUUUAGGAAAUGCAUUCCAAUUGCAAUUCUUGGACUGAUCUCUUUUAUUUAUUAUUUAUUAACUUCAU